AACAAUUGACCUCUUCCCGGCACUGAUGAAACCCGAUUUGUGAAUCUCUAACAAGUCUCUAAACGCGAAGGCGAAAAUCUCUAUAGAACCUAAGUAGUGUGUUUUAAGCUUUUACGUUAUAAAGUAAGACCAAAAAAUGGAAAUUCAUGUAAUUAAGAAAGAAUCGCCAAAAAAUGGAAAUUCUUCAUAUCUACGUCUCCCUCUUGUUACUUGUAGUUUCAUAUUUCUUCACAACCCACAUUUAUUGGAAAGUUUCCAAUCUCCCGCCCACCAUCUUCCCAACCCUACCCAUAAUCGGUCACCUCUACCUUCUAAAGGUCCCACUCUAUCGAACCUUCGCCAGGAUAUCUGCUAAACAUGGUCCGAUCAUCCUUCUUCGGUUCGGCUCACGCUGUGUACUCUUGGUCUCAUCCCAUUUUAUUGCUGAAGAAUGUUUCACUAAGAAUGACAUAGUCUUUGCCAACCGUCCUAAUUUAGUCUUUGGCAAGAUCCUGGGCGACAACUUCACGAGCCUAGUUUGGGCUCCCUAUGGAGAUCAUUGGCGCAACCUUCGUCGCAUUGCAUCAACUGAGAUUCUAUCUACUCAGCGUCUCAAUGAGUUCCAGGACAUUCGGGCUGAUGAAGGCUUGCUACUGAUUCGUAAGUUGUUGUCGAAUUCUUCUCCGGUUAAUAUGAAGUCGGCUUUCUAUGAGCUUACGCUUAAUAUCAUGAUGAGGAUGAUAUCAGGGAAGCGGUACUUUGGUGGCGAUAUUGUUGAGGUGGAGGAGGAAGGGAGAAGAUUUAGGAAGAUACUAGACGAGGCGUUUUCGCUUGCGGGUGCUUCGAAUUUGGGGGAUUACUUGCCAAUUUUGAGUUGGUUUGGAGUGAAAGGAUUGGAGAAGAAAUUACUUUUAUUGAGGGAGAAGAAGGAUGUGUUUUUCCAAGGGUUGAUAGAGCAACUUAGAGAAAAGCAUGUGAAUGAGAAAAAUAAUAAGAAGAAGAAGAAGACCAUGAUUGAAGUGUUGUUAUCACUACAAGAAUCAGAUCCCGAGUAUUACACUGAUAAAAUGAUCCGAAGCUUUGUGUUGAUCAUAUUAUCAGCUGGAACUGAAACUUCUUUGGGAACCAUGGAAUGGGCUUUGAGUCUUCUGCUAAACAAUCCACAUGUUCUAAAAAAGGCACAAAAUGAGAUAGACAUUCAUGUGGGAAACAACCGUCUCAUUAAAGAAUCAGACAUAUCAGAUUUACCAUACCUACGUUGUAUCUUAAACGAGACACUGCGAUUGUACCCUGCUGCCCCACUACUAACUCCUCGCAGCUCAUCCAAAGAUUGUGUUGUCGGCGGCUAUCACAUCCCAAGUGGAACAAUGCUGCUAGUCAAUCAAUGGGCCAUACAUCAUGACCCCAACUUGUGGACAGACCCUGAAAGGUUCAUUCCAGAAAGAUUUGAAGGGCUUGAAGGAUGGAGAGAUGGGUUUAAGCUUAUGCCAUUUGGGUCCGGAAGGAGGAAUUGUCCAGGAGAAGGCUUGGCAUUGCGUGUGGUUGGGUUAACUUUGGGGUUGCUUAUCCAAUGUUUUGACUGGGAAAGGAUGAGUGAAGAUAUGGUUGACAUGACCGAGGCUCCUGGGCUAACCAUGCCAAAGCUCAAACCAUUGGUAGCCAAGUGUAGACCUCGUGUAUUGAUGCAGAAUCUACUCUUCCAACUCUAAGUCAUUAUUAUACACCAGGUUUCCUUACAAAUUAAGUGGUUCAUGUGUUGAUCUGCCUCAUUCAGUUUCCUUGUGCUAAUGUCGAUAAUUCUAUUGUAUGUCUAUCUUUUAUAACUAAUAGUAUGUGGUAUCUUUUAUAACUAA